GAAAGAUGGGCAGACAUACUGUUCCUCAAACCAUGAUCAGUUAAUAAACUCUGUAACAUUACAGAACGAGCUCAUUAAAAUGGCGAGAGACUUUACUACAACAAGUCUGAGCAAUAUUGACCUCGCCUCUUUACGGGAUCCUGCAGGAAUAUUUGAGCUCAUCGAGGUGGUGGGCAAUGGGACCUAUGGGCAGGUUUAUAAGGGACGGCAUGUGAAAACAGGACAGCUGGCAGCUAUCAAGGUCAUGGAUGUGACUGAGGAGGAGGAAGAUGAAAUCAAACUGGAGAUAAACAUGUUGAAAACUCAUUCUCAUCACAGGAACAUCGCUACAUAUUAUGGUGCUUUUGUUAAGAAAAGUCCUGCAGGUCAGGAUGACCAGCUUUGGCUGGUGAUGGAGUACUGUGGUGCAGGAUCAGUCACAGACCUGCUGAAGAAGACUAAAGGCAACUGCCUGAAAGAGGACUGGAUCGCUUACAUCUGCAGAGAAGUGCUCAGAGGUCUGUUACACCUGCACUCACAUCAUGUCAUUCAUCGAGACAUUAAAGGACAAAAUGUGCUGCUGACAGAGAACGCUGAAAUUAAACUCGUGGAUUUUGGUGUGAGUGCUCAGUUAGAUAGGACCAUUGGAAGAAGAAACACUUUUAUUGGCACGCCGUACUGGAUGGCACCUGAGGUGAUAGCAUGUGAUGAAAACCCAGACUCUACAUAUGACUACAGAAGUGACGUGUGGUCUCUGGGGAUCACAGCUUUGGAGAUGGCAGAGGGAUCGCCACCAUUGUGUGACAUGCAUCCGAUGAGAGCUCUGUUUCUCAUUCCACGAAACCCUCCUCCCAAACUUAAGUCCAAGAAAUGGUCUAAAAAGUUCCUGACAUUUGUGGACAGUUGUCUGGUGAAGAACUACCUGCACAGGCCAUCCACAGAGACGCUGCUACGACACUCGUUCAUUAAAGACCUCCCUAACGAACGACAAGUGCGCAUCACACUCAAAGACCAUCUGGAUAGAACCAGGAAGAGGAGACGAGAGAAAGAGGGAACUGAAUAUGAAUACAGUGGAAGUGAAGAUGAAGAGGAUGGUAUGAAUGAGGAUGAAGGUGAACCCAGCUCUAUAGUGAAUCUUCCUGGCGAGUCCACGCUAAGACGAGAGUUCCUGCGUUUACAACAGGAGACACACUCACAAACACAACAACAACAACAACAACUGCACAAUCAAGACAACUACAAAAGACAGUUGCUCGCCGACCGACAGAAGAGGAUCGAACAACAGCAGGAGGAGAGACGACGCUUUGAAGAUCAACAGGAAAGGCUGUUACACGAGACUGGACAGCAGUGGCCGGAGCUUCAGGAGAUGAUAUGGCAAGAAGAAACUGACAUCACUGAGAAAAGUAAAAGAAAUCACAAGAAACAGCCCAAAGACAAUGAAUAUCACAGGACUGAUAUUCAAUCCGGGUCUGUAAGUCUUUUAAUUGAUCAGCAGGGUAGAAAGCUCCACCGCACACUUCCCCGAGAUCAGGCCCAGCUACUGUUACUCCAACACGACUACAGACACCAGCAGAACUGCCCCACCACACCACAUGACGAGAUGGCAGGAAUGAUGGAAUCUCUGGACAAUCAUCAUGUGAAUAUGAAUCAUAUCGAUGUCAGGAUUCCUCAUGUUCAAUCCAGACUGGGAUCAGGAAGUAACUCCAGUCCCUGCACUCCAGCACUCCAGCGAGCUGCCAAACACCCGAACAUGAAUGUGUGCUCCGGUCGAGAGAUUCAACACAGCAGCUCCAUGUCUGAUGUUGCAACUCCACUCUCUCCUACACUGGAUGAUGUGUUCUUCAACCCUGAUGAUCAACCACCCAAGAUUCCAGAGCGAACAACCUCAAAGUUCAAAGAGCCCUUGACCCAUCGUAGAUUUGGAUCCACAGGUCAUCAGUGUCCUCUGGACAAUAGUGUCAAUAUGUUUUACUCCAGCAGCUCAACAAGCAGCAGUCAGUCAGGUUACCAUAAGGUCGAUGGUCCACCUCAACAGAACAGACUGUCAAACUCUCAAAGUCCAACUUCACCACAAAACCAGGGUUUUGAAAUUAAGUCACACUUCAGUCCAUUAGUGAAGUUAGCGGAGUACUCUUCCUCGAGUGAUGAUGAUGAUGAUGAGAAGAGCAGAUCUCCAGUGAGAAAUGGAAGGCAUUUGUUAUCCAGAGGACAGUCUCAUGAUAUAGUUCUCCAGCCUCAGCACCAUCUCAAACAGCAGCAGCAGAGUGCAGCAAAGGCAACACAUAAUAUCCAUCAAAGACCUGUGGCAUCUCAAUCUAGUGACAUUUAUCAUCUUCCUGACCUCCUGCACAAGAGCCCCAUACAUCAACUCACCUACCACCAACCCAGUACUCAAACCUCACUGGAUAAAAUGCUGAAUAAUCAGGCAGUAAAAAGUACAUCAUCCUCUUCAUCAUUCUCAUCGUUUAUCGACCCUCGAUUGCUGCAGAUCUCUCCACCUCAGAGUACACAAGGAUACGGUCAAGUGAAUGUGAAUGUGAGGUGUGACCCGUGCAGGAGAGAGCCCCACAGGAAGGGUUCAGUGGUGAACGUUAACCCUACUAACAUCCGGCCUCAGAGUGAUGCGCCAGAGAUUCGCAAAUACAAGAAAAAGUUCAAUACUGAAGUGUUGUGUGCUAGUCUGUGGGGUGUGAAUUUGUUGGUGGGCACAGAGAGUGGUCUGUGGCUGCUAGACCGCAGUGGUCAGGGUAAAGUUUACUCUCUCAUCAGCCGCAGACGCUUUCAACAGAUGGAUGUACUGGAGGGACUCAAUGUAUUAAUCACCAUAUCAGGUAAGAAGAACAAACUGAGGCUGUACUACCUGUCCUGGCUGAGGAAUAAGAUCUUGCAUAAUGAUCCAGAGGUAGAGAAGAAACAGGGCUGGACGUCAGUGGGUGAGCUGGAAGGAUGUGUCAACUACAAAGUCGUUCGCUAUGAAAAAAUAAAGUUCCUGGUCAUCGCUUUGAGGAGUGCAGUGGAGAUCUAUGCGUGGGCUCCUAAACCAUAUCACAAGUUUAUGGCUUUUAAAUCAUUUAGCUCACUGCCUCAGAAACCCCUCUCUGUUGACCUGACGGUGGAGAAUGGACAGAGGUUAAAGGUCAUAUAUGGGUCUCAUUCUGGUUUUCAUGCCAUUGAUGUGGAUUCAGGUUCACCCUUUGAUCUGUACCUGCCCAAUCAUAUUCAGGGUGUGAUUCGGCCUCAUGCCGUCAUCAUUCUGCCCGGCAGCAGUGGGAUGGAGCUGUUGCUGUGUUACGAAGACGAGGGCGUCUAUACUGACACCUAUGGCCGCAUCACCAAGGAGACGGUGCUGCAGUGGGGGGAGAUGCCCGCCUCUGUCGCAUACCUUCAGUCAAAUCAAGUGAUGGGCUGGGGAGAGAAAGCCAUUGAACUAAGAUCUGCCAAGACUGGGAGUCUAGAGGGAGUCUUCAUGCACAAAAAGGCUCAAAAACUGAAGUUCCUGUGUGAGAGGAAUGAUAAAGUGUUCUUUGCCUCUGUUCAGUCUGGUGGAUGCAGUCAGAUCUACUUCAUGACAUUAGGACACAACUUACUCUUCAACUGGUGAUUAUUUUUGGUUUGAGAACUUUGUGGGGUAAAUCAGUAAACUAUCUGAAUCCCACAGCCACAACAUUAAAACCAUCUGCCUAAUAUUGUGUAGGUCCCCCUCGUGCCACCAAAACAGCGCUAACCCACAUCUCAGAAUAUCAUUCAGAGAUGUUAUUCUUCUCUAUCUUCUGUUAUUCUAUCACCAACAAUCAUGCCACGGUCCAAAUCACUGAGAUCACAUUUUUCCCCAUUCUGAUGGUUGAUGUGAUCAUUAACUGAAGCUCCUGACCCAUAUCUGAAUGAUUUUAUGCACUGCACUGCUGCCACAUGAUUGGCUGAUUAGAUAAUCACACGGAUGAUUGUUGGUGUCAGAUGGACUGGUGUGAGUGUUUCUGUAACUACAGAAAUAGAGGUUUUAAUGUUGUGGCUGAUGGGUGUAAAUAACUAACUGUUGUACUGUUGUACAAUCAAACACUGUAGCAUUUUGUUUUUGUGGAAAUUCCAACACCUCAGAAUUGAAAUUAUACAAUAAUACAAAAGUAGAAUCGGGGACAUACAGCAUUCAUUUGGGGGGUUUCAAGCUGAAAUAUUUAAUCAUAUUUUAAGUUUAACAUAAAUCACAGUUUAACUUUUUUAUAUAUAUUUUUUGUUUAUUCUCAUAUUGAAAACCAAACAUAACUUGACACAUAACAAUAUAUAAAAUAGAACAAAAGUUUUGUUUAGAUUUUAGUGCAGACCAAACAUUACAUAUUUUCUUUGGCCAUGCUGUAUUGAGUCUGAACUUGCAUCUGAUUUUGCUUUAUAUCUUGUCAGCAUGAGAAAGAAUAUUAAAACCUGGCAGAUGAUAUAUUCUUCUGUACACUUAUGAAUUCAUCUUUUAUUUGUCUUCUGUGGUCACAUUAUUAUAUCAGCUCCAGUGUGGCCAAAAAUGCCAAAUGCUUUCCCUUUUCUCACCAUAUUUCAUAGAAGUUCAUUAAUUUUUGAUUUGGAAGCAUCAUAAUCUUGUCUAUUGAGUCUAGACAUCCACUAGUUUCUUUAAGUACAUCUAUACAGUAAAGUUUAGCUUGUGCUUUGUUUAUUUAUUCAUAGAUCUUGCUUAUUAGUUCAAGCCACAGAUGUAUGAGGUCAAUGUUUAGGGAUGAUAAACACAAAUUCAUAAUUCACAAAGUCACUUCAUUUUUGAGCAGAUCAGCUAAUUCAUCAAACUGUACAUGUGUCAAUAUAGCUUAUGUUUAUAGGUUUUGUAGCUGGCCAAUAUAGUUCAUUUUGCAGAUGUGUGACUAUAUAGAUCAUUAUUUAUAUCCAUUGCAAUGUAUAUCAUUCACCUGAUUCCCCACCAUGGUGCCUUAAUAAUCAGAAAGUUUAAAUGAUAUGCUAAUUAUACUGUAUUGCUCAUUAUGUGUGUUACCCAGUAAAUGCGCUGGUAAAUGUUAGAGAAUAACAGAGCCAGUGCUGAAACAUUUUCGUUAUAUUAUAGGGGAAAACAGUAAAAAAGGUGGGAAGCGUGGUCAUGUGUGGAGAAGACGAUAUAACAAGUUGUGCAUGGAUGUGGGGAUGUGAACAUGUGUAGAGGAAUGGGUUUAGUUUAAAUGGAACAAAUAAGUGGAGCCAGAGAGCAUGAACAGUAAUUAACACAGUGUUAAAGAAAGUCAGAUAGUCAAUGGUUAACCAAGGAUGUAGCAUGAAACAAAGAAGGAUUAGCACUGGCUAUUUUAUUCAGUGAUAUUUGGGAAAGAUUCAUUCAAAAUGAAUUUAAGCACUCAAAACUCUUCAAUUUGUUGAGACGUAGUGAAUAACUGGGCAUAAAAUACUUUGAACCAUUCCUUAAGAAUCCUAUUGUAUCCACUUUACAUUGCUUUAUACAGAGUGACUUAUUAAUAUUAUUAAAUUAGAUGUUACGCUUUCAUUUUCAUUGACGAUUUCUUUCAUUAAUGAAAUAAUAGAAAAGAUAACAGUAAAAUAACUAUUUGUUGUUUCACUCUUGGUCACCAUGUGAAGACUUUACUGUCACGUAGUCCUUCAUUCAUGUGAGCCAGCGAAUAAUGUAAAUGUAUACUUAAUUGUACCUUCUCUGUUGUUACAUAAAUGUACAUUUCCUGUAUAAAGUUUCAUAGACAAUUAUUUAGCUAGCAUAAUGGACAGUACAGUACAGGAAUUACACUAUGUAUAAAAGUGUUAUGCUUGUCAAAAACCUCUUUUGUUUAGAUUGUGUAACAAUAUAGACAAAUGCAUUUAACUUUAUGUAUAUAUUUCGUGUGACUGGACUCAAUUAUAAAAAAUCUAUAAAUGUACUCAUUAAACCAAAUAAAUGUUUUUAAAAGUUA